AUUUUUAAUCUCGUCAUUUGGUUUUCCAGCACGUUUGAGAUCGAUAUAGAGGCUGUUCUUGAAAUCCUCAAACCAAUUGUCAUGAACUUCCUGUCGAAGUUGAUUUAUUACAGCGAGGCAGCGUUCCAACAACUGGUUGUCGUAGGUUCGCAAAUCGAUCAUGAGCUUCGAAGGCGUUAUGAAGUUAAAAGGCGGUGUCGGCGCCAGUCCAUCUUCUCCCUUGCAGACAAAAUAUUCACUUGGUAA